AUGCUCCGAAACGCCGUGCGACUCAUGAACCGGGCCCAGCGACCCGCCGUUCGACUCGCUCUCACGCGACAAUUCACACAGCCGGCUCUGCGGCCCCAGAUCGCCGCCGGCAAGCUCCCCAGCCUCCACAGAACCAUGUUCAUCCAGACGGCCUCCACCCCCAACGAGGACGCCCUCAAGUUCCUGCCCUCGGUCCAGAUUCUCCCCGAGGGCCACACCGUCGAGUUUACCAGCGGCCGAGAGGCCCACUCGUCCCCACUGGCCAAGAAGCUGUUUGGUGUAGACGGCGUCCGAUCGGUCAUGUUCGGAUCCGACUUCAUCACCGUCGAAAAGGCCCAGGACACCCACUGGAACACCCUCAAGCCCGAGGUCUUCUCCAUUCUCACCGAACACAUCACUGCCGGCGCCCCCAUUGUCAUGGAGGGCACCACCGCCGCCGAGGAUACGGCUCCCUGUGACGACGACUCCGAGGUUGUGUCUAUGAUCAAGGAGCUCAUCGAAACCCGAAUCCGACCGGCCAUCCAGGAAGAUGGUGGCGACAUUGCAUUCCGAGGCUUUGACGAGGACACCGGCGUCGUGCACCUCAAGCUGCUGGGCGCCUGCCGAUCUUGUGACUCUUCAGCCGUCACCCUCAAGAACGGUAUCGAGAGCAUGCUCAUGCACUACGUCGAGGAGGUGACUGGUGUCGAGCAGUUCCUCGAUCCCGAGGAGAAGGUUUCUCUCGAGGAGUUUGAGAAGCUCGAGAAGCGACUGGCUGAGGAGAAGGGCGAGGAGGUGCCUCCCUCCCUCUAA